AGGUACGGCUUCGACGCCUCCGAGCAGGGCAUCGAGGAGGCGUCGGAGGCCUUGGAGGCCAUGGAGGACGGGGACCUCUACGUCAACAAGGUGGCCAUCGAGGAGGCGCUCUUUGGUGUCCUGGAGGAGGAGUGCCGGCUGGAGGCCAGUGCUGGCAAGCCUGCCACCAAGCAGGGUGUCUACUUGUUGCUGCGCAGCUUGCUGCUCAGAUUCAGCGAGGCCUGGUUCCAAGAGUCGGUCAAGAAACUGCAGCAGAAGCGAGAUGCUCGUUCCGGCCGGCUGGACCCAGACGGGUACUUCCACCUCCCCGGCCGCGCGGAGUUGGCCCUGGAGGUGCAGCGCAAGGUGCUGCCGCAGUUCGGCUUCCAGGGCUCCAAGGAAGGCAGUAGCGAUAUGAUCCGUCACUGUUCCGCCUUUCUCGGCGACAAGGACGUCGCACAGAUGUUCGACGCCAUCAACAAGAAGCUGGGCAUGUCCUCCGCCGCCCGCCAGCGUUUCCGAAAGCUGGCCGGGAGCUUCGAGGACGCGCACACAAGGCAGCCCUAUGAGACGCCUUGUAGCCUCAAGUGAGGGGCACUCUCGGCACCCGAUUUGGGCCAUAGGGACUGUCGGGCGCCCCUGCUCAAACUGGCGGGGUUUGCUGGCGUUCAAAGAGCUUGGUGCGAGGCCAACGGGACAUUGGAGCGACCUC